UGCUACGCGGAAACUGCUUAUGUAAUGCUGCGUGGGUGCUCUACUGCCCAUACCAUUUGUGAUUCUUAUCUCUGCUUCGUUCGAGUGUGGGAGAAGAGAUCCUGCAACCAAUGGAGGUGGUGAUGGCCAGCGCUCUGACCGGUGCGAUGAGAUCUCUGCUCCCCAAGCUCGCCGCGCUGCUGGAGAAGAAAUACAAGCUGUCCAAAGGAGUUAAGAAGGAGGUCGCCUCGCUGAGGGAGGAGAUGAGCAGCAUGAAUGCCCUGCUCCUGAAGCUAGCCCGAACCGAGCUCGACGAGCAGCAGAGAGACUGGCGUGACAAGGUGCGGGAGCUCUCCUACGACAUGGAGGACUGUGUUGACAUCUUCACUGAUGAGCUCGAUAGCGGCAGCGGCGGGCUUCUAUGCAGCCUCAAGAAGCUUCAGGCGCGCUACAGAAUCGCCGGCCGGAUCCAAGAGCUGAAGGCCCGGGCCGUGGAAACAAGCGAUCGUCACGACAGAUAUAGUCGUAAGCUCGAUGAGGUCGUCCUCGGCUGUCUUCCUCGGGGCCUUGUGGCUGUUGACCCUCGUGUGCAAGCGCUAUAUGCAGAGGCCGACAGCCUUGUCGGCAUGGAUGGCCCGAAGAAGAAGCUCGCCGAGCUGCUGGGAACAGAGGAGGAGGUGCAGCAGAUUAAAGUGAUUGCUGUUGUUGGAUUUGGAGGAAUCGGCAAGACAACGCUGACCAACCAAGUUUAUGCUGCGACGAAAAGUCAAUUCAAGUGCAGGGCUUUUGUAUCGGUGUCUCGGAAUCCCAGCAUGCUCAAGGUAUUUUCAGAUAUAUACUCGGGGAUUUGCGGUCGGAUGCCUUAUGCUCAGAAUGAUGAGUGCCAACUCAUCGAUGAAAUCAGGGAACAUCUGCAAGACAAAAGAUACCUUAUUGUGAUUGAUGAUUUGUGGACAGUGGAAGCAUGGAACAUUAUCAAAUGUUCGUUUGUGGAGAAUAAUCGGGGUAGCAGAGUUAUAACAACUACACGUCUUGAAGAUGUAGCUCAGGCAUGUUGUUCUUCUUUCCAUGGACAUGCGUACAAGAUAAAACCUCUUACUGAUCUUGACUCAAGGAGAUUAUUUCACAGAAGAAUUUUCCACACAGAAGAUGCUUGUCCCGAUCAACUAAAGAAUGUUUCUGAUGAAAUUUUAAGGAAAUGUGGAGGGGUGCCAUUAGCCAUUCUUAGUGUAGCCAGCAUUUUGGCUAGCAAUGAAGAGGUACACUCAAUGGUAAUCUGGGAGAAGAUAAAAAAUCAUUUAGGUUUGCAGUUGGAAGGAAACCCUGCUUUAGAAGGGAUGAGACAUGUACUGAAUCUUGGCUAUAAUGAUUUACCUGCGGACCUCAAGACAUGUAUGCUCUAUUUGGGUAUAUUUCCGGAAGAUACUGAAAUAAGUAAGGAUGAUCUGGUGAAGAGAUGGAUAGCCGAGGGUAUUGUUACUGAGGUGCAUGGUUAUGAACCGGAGGAGAUUGCAGAAAGCUACUUCUGUGAGCUCAUCAACAGAAAUAUGAUCCAAGUAUCUGAUUUUGAUGACUGUGGGCAUAUUUUAUCUUGCCAUGUACAUGAUCUAAUGCUUGAAUUUAUCAUAAUGAAGUCCAUCAAAGAAAACUUCCUCACUGUAAUUAAUGAUCUGCAUAGAAGGAGAGGUUCUUUGGCAGUUCGGCGGCUAUCCCUCCAAGCUGGAAAUUCAGAAUGCAAUCUCUCACUUGGAAACAUAGUACUCACCCAAGUUAGAUCAUUCAACUUUUGGGGGCCUGUUCAAUGUAUGCCUUCUCUUUCAAAGUUCCAACUCCUGCGAGUUCUUCAUAUUGAUGCUUGCAAGUCCAAGGUUAAGCCGGACGGUGAUCUAUCUCCGACAUGCACUUUUUUCCAACUGAGAUAUCUGAGGAUCAGAGGAACUGGGUGUGAGAAGAUGCUACUUUUUUUGAGAAAAUCACAACAUUUGCAGACACUGGAGAUAGUUGACUCAGAAACAAUGCAUUAUUUCCGGCUAGAUGUUAGCGAGUUACCCUUGACGCUACAGCAUCUGAUUGUUCCUAAGACUGUGUGGCUGACUGGUUGGAUAGGCAGGCUGACAGCCCUCCGUACUUUAUGUACUCUACGAUUAUUUGUCGAUGAUGUGGACAACAUGGAGGGUCUCGGAGAGCUGGCCAAUCUAAGAGAAUUGAAGCUAUAUUAUUCAUCUCCCUUCGGAGGUAACACUGCCAAUUCUCUGCUCUCCUGCAUGAGCAAGCUCGGUGUCCGCAACCUUCAGUCUGUAACCAUCACCGGCAAGUCUUCCGAUGAAGAUGUCUUAGCUCAUUGGUCACCACCUCCCUGCCAUCUCCGGAGACUGCACAUGGUGGACUUCCGCUUCUCCAUUGUCCCAAAUUGGAUUGUCCAACUGCACAUGCUCAGAAGUUUGGAGGUGCAAGUAGUGUCCCUCUCGAGGCAUGGUGUCGAUGUUAUUACCGGGAUGACCUCGCUGGUGCAUCUUAGAUUGAUUGUUGAGAAUGAUGUACCUGGAGAAGGUAUCGUCAUCUCCAGCACAACGUUUAUGAAUCUCAAGGAGUUCUGUUUCAGAUACAACGUGCCGUGCUUGACGUUUGAGUCAGGGGCUAUGCCUAGGCUUGAGAGGCUCCUUAUAGAGUGUGGAGAUCCAGGGGCACAGCAGGACGAUGGUGGUAUACUUACCGGGAUCGAGCAUUUGGGAAGCCUCAAAGUAUUCAAGGUGGAUAUUUAUAUGUAUGGCUUCGACUGGGAAGAUUUUCGCAGUUAUUGUUGGCAGCCACCUGAAGAAGAGGAGGUUGUUAAAAGGCGGCAAACACUCGAGGCUGCUCUCAAAAUGGCGAUUAGCAAGCAUCUGGGGAGUCCGGAUAUUUGCAUUCGGAGUAUUGGUGAUUUUGCUUUGACAGACCGUGUGGAGGAAAUGGUUUAUGCAUUAUAAAUGCCACUUAAUGAAGGGUCAAUUGGUCAAGUACUUGCACAAAGGGUUAGCCUAAGAUGUAGGAACCUAACAAAUUCUGGUAGUGCACGUUGUAAUCUCUCUCUUUCUCCCUCACCCUCGUGUAUUUCUCUAUAUAAACUGAACCCCACAAGGAUGAAUGCCAGGCACUAAGUUCAGCUGAACACUAGCUCUUUCAUGGUAUCA